UGAAACAAAAUGCACGUAGCUUUAACUAUUGUUAUUAGUUUAAUAUUGGGCAUAGUUGCUGUUCAAGCAGCGCCGCCUGAAGUUCGCAUUGUGGGUGGCAAGGAUACAACAAUUGAAAAAUAUCCCUAUGUGGUUUCCAUUAGAGGCAGCACCAAUAAGCCCGGCUGCUCUGGCACCAUUACCUCCCAUCAAUUUGUACUGACUGCUGGACACUGCACCUUUGGCGUGCUCGCCAGUCAGCUUAGCAUACAAUAUGGUUCCGCCUUUGUAAGUCCAACUGGACCCAAUAUUGUUGGCGUAAAGCGCAUCAUAAGACAUGAGCUCUAUAAUAAGGAUGAAGUACACAACGACAUAGCAUUGCUACAAGUGCAGAAACCUUUUGUAUUUGAUUAUGUUUGGCUGGCGCCAGUGCGAUUGCCGCCAAUGAACUUUUAUACGCCGCAGGAUGAGCAGGGAGCACCGGGCACCAUUGUGGGCUGGGGCAUGAACUCGACCUUUGGCACUCUGCAGACUUGGCUGCAGGAAGUGGAUCUCAUGAUAAUGCCCGACAAGGCUUGUCUAACCAAGCAGUGGCCCAUCUACAAGCCCAGUCCGAUUUAUAAUAUUUGCGCCUGGGAGCAGGGCAAGGGACAGUGCAAUGCCGAUUCGGGUGGUCCUUUGUUUUAUGAUGGCAUGCAGGUGGGCAUUAUAUCCUGGAGCUACAAGCCCUGCACUAUGACACCUUAUCCAGGUGUUUAUACACGCGUUGCCAGCUAUGUGGAUUGGAUUUUACAUAAGCAAAUGUUGUACGAUUAAACUAAGUUAAGCUUAAAACUAAA